CAACUUCGCGAAGAAAGACGGAUGCUGGGCGAACGCGGAUGCCCAAAGUGAACCUCGAAAAGUCAACUGUUGGACAGAAUACAGAAGUGUGAAUAAAUUGAGAGUCUUGCUCUGUUACCAUGAACAUUGGACCUGGAUGGUGAGUCUUGCUGCCACAGAUUAAACGACCACCGGGAGUCUGACCGAGGCGGGGACGUCGUCACAUCAGCAGGUACACGGCUUCGCCUUCUAACAAUCCGCGGCGCAGAAGUCAUUGAGCUAAACGCAAUAGCAUACGGCAGAUACUACCACUGUGAGAGAAGAGUGGUAGGAGUAGGACGACGUUGGGAUGCUUGCGUGUCUGUGUGGUGCAGACCAGACAUACAGUGAAGAGGAGUGGCAGCAAUGUUGCCUGGUGUUGGUGUGUUUGGCACAGGGAGUACUGCACGGAUGCUAGUUCCAUUGCUGCGGGGGGAAGGGUUUGAGGUACGUGCGCUCUGGGGGAGAAGCGAGGAGGAGGCAAGAUCCCUGGCGCAGGAGCUGGGCAUUCCGUUUCACACCAGCCAAUCAGACGAUGUCUUAUUGCACCCUGAUGUUGACCUGGUCUGCAUCUACAUCUCACCCCCACUCACACGGCAGAUUGCCGUCAAAGCCCUGGGGAUAGGUAAGAAUGUGGUAUGUGAGAAGGCUGCUACCGCUGUGGACGCGUUCAAGAUGGUGACUGCGGCGCGGUACUACCCCCAGUUGUUGAGCAUUGUGGGUAAUGCUCUGCGCUUCCUCCCGGCAUUCGUAGCAAUGCGGCAGCUGCUGGCAGAGGGAUACGUGGGUGAGCUGCAGGUGUGUGACGCCCGCGUCUAUGGCCCCAGUCUGCUCGAUCAAUCAUACGGUUGGACCUGCGAGGAGCUGAUGGGGGGUGGCGGACUCCACACAGUUGGCUCUACCCUCGUGGACCUGCUGAGUCACCUGAUGGGAGCACGGGCGAUACGGGUGCAUGGCCUUCUCAGGACGUUCGUGCGGCAGAAUGGAGCGAUCCGCGGGAUCCGCCGAGUCACCAGUGAUGACUUCUGUUUCUUCCAGAUGCUGAUGGGAGGUUCUGGACCUGGGACUGGGUCAGGAGUGUGCUGCACUGUGACUCUGAACUUCAACAUGCCGGGGGCCUUUGUCCACGAGGUGAUGGUUGUUGGGUCAGCAGGGAGGCUGAUUGCCAGGGGGACAGAGCUGUAUGGGCAGCGAAAUGGAGGGAACGGGGAGGAGCUGCUGCUAGGGGACAGCGAAGGGACAGGACAAGAGGUCAAGGAUGUCCCCCUGCCACACCUGCGGGGGCUAGGUUCCAUGGUUAAGGCUCUAAAAGAUGCUUUCCAGGCACAGGAAGAGCGUCGGUCGUGGGCGCGGGGGCCAGUUGCCAUGGCGUCGACGUUUGAGGAUGGGCUGUAUGUGCAGACGGUGGUGGAGGCGGUGAAACGGUCAAGCCGCAGCGGAGAGUGGGAAAGUGUGGAGGUCAUGACACAGGAACCAGAUCCCAACCAAAACCUCUGUGAGGCGCUGCAGAGAAACAAGAACUGAGUACUCGUUUAUAUACACACAUACUAAUAUAAAUGAUCUUCAGACCGCCUCUAUGGCCUGUCCUGAGGAGACUGUCCCCUAUCAACUACUACCCUGUGUCUGGUGACCUCUUCCGUGCAUAAGGGCCACACUCAAAGCCACAGCAUCCUGUCCUGCAAGCAGCCACAGCCAGGCAGACUGGUGGGCACACCUUCUACUUGAUGUCAACUCUUCUUCUCAGCAGAGUUUUUGUGUGUGCAUGCCUGUGUGUUUUUUUACAUUUUCCAGCCAAUCCGACCCUAGUUCACCUUACCCACACACAUUCCUGUCUAAUCAGUGAACACCUUGAAGGAGGAAGUGUUAAGUAUUCACACUACUGUUUCUCACUGUGCCUCACUACUUCUGCUGAUGUAAGAAAUGUUUGAAGUUGUUUACAUGUCACGGAUUAAAUGUAGGAUUAUCUCUUAUACAUGUGUACUAUACACAAACUGUUACUUUUAAAAGAGUAACUUACUAACUCGAGAAUUUCAUAACAAAUCUAACUUUACAACUUCUGGUAGAGUUUACAAGAAGAUGCGUAUCAUCAUCAGACUGCCAUCACAGCAGAGUUACUCAUGCAACCACCCUUGACUUUCAGUUAUUUGAUGUAUAUUUUAUUAUAUUGCUUGUUGAUCCCAUAUUCCAUAUCAGCAUCUCCUGCACUGCUAAAAUGCUACUCCAACCUCUGCUGUGUACAAGCCUGUGACUAGAAUGUGUCUGACUAUAUGGUGGAAAGACUACUGUAUUUAUUUCUUUUUUACUUUUGCGUUUUACUAAGAAAAUACUGUAUGCUUUUUAUUUAAGUAAUAUGUGUUCAGGAAGUGUAAAUGUGUCUAAUAAGCUAUAAGUUUGUUAAUGAAUAUUUAUAUUUUGUGUUUUUAAGUUAUCAUUUAAGUUUUACUUGGUGUUAUCACUGUUACUUACACACAAUACCUGUGAUUUUGUUUUCAGUGGGGGGGACAGCGGCUGUGAAAACAUACUGUGCUCGUGUUACUUCCCAAGUUAAUAAAUAUCUCAGUCUUA